AUCUGUCAAACAUCCCCAUCGUUCUUUUUAACAAAAAAAUUUCCACGCAAAAAAUGUCGGCCCUCAAUUUAACCGUGCACGUUCAUCCCGUGGUUUUAUUUCAAGUUGUUGAUGCUUACGAGCGUCGUAAUGCUGAUUCCCAUCGUGUAAUUGGUACUCUUUUGGGUUCGGUCGACAAAGGUGUCGUGGAAGUUACUAAUUGCUUCUGCGUUCCACACAAAGAACACGAUGACCAAGUUGAAGCUGAACUCAGCUAUGCCAUGGAUUUGUACGAUCUCAAUCGUAAAGUAAACAGCAAUGAAAAUGUUGUUGGUUGGUGGGCCACUGGCAACGAUGUGACCAAUCACAGUUCUGUCAUUCACGAAUACUACGCUCGUGAGUGCAACAAUCCAGUUCACUUGACCGUCGACACAUCUUUAACUGGCGGCAGAAUGGGUUUGAAAGCCUACGUUUGCAUUCAAUUGGGAGUUCCUGGAGGAAAGUCCGGUUGUAUGUUCACUCCCAUCAAUGUUGAGGUACAGUGCUAUGAGCCAGAAGUUUUCGGUUUGAAACUGCUUCAAAAGACAAUCAGUGUGUCGAGUCCAAAUCGUCCAAAGACUGUCUCUCCAAUGCUCGACUUGGCUCAGAUCUCUGAAGCUUCUACUAAGUUGCAAGGGCUUUUGGAUCUUAUCUUGAAGUAUGUGGAAGAUGUGAUUGCACGUAAGCAGUUACCCGACAAUGCUGUUGGACGAUCGUUGUUGGAUUUGAUUCAUUCCGUGCCAAAUAUGAGCCACGAACAGUUUACCCAGAUGUUUAAUGCUAAUAUCAGGGAUUUGUUGAUGGUGGUUACUUUGUCGCAAUUGAUCAAGACACAAUUGCAACUCAACGAGAAACUUACUUUUUUGCCUACCAACUAAGAUUGAACAAAAUUUUUAUGUAAGAAAAAAAUAAUAACGGGUAAGCAUUUAGUUGAGAGAAAAUAAACGUUUGAGUACUUCUGUAA